GACUACCGGAUCACGUUGUGCUGCUUUGUAGAUGAUCCCAAAAUGGAAAAGGGAGGGUAGGGAGUAGUUAUAGUCUCUCACCGGCAAACAGAGACAGCGGAGCGAGUCUUGCGAUACCACCGCCUAUAUAUUCACACCAACACCACCACACAUUCUCUCAUCCAUUAAUAACUUCUCCCAUUCUCUCCAACAUUCCUGCUUCUCAAUUUCGAUUCCUAGACUCGUACAAAGAGAUGGAUACAUUCCUCUUCACCUCUGAAUCCGUCAACGAAGGCCACCCGGACAAACUCUGUGACCAAGUCUCCGAUGCCAUCCUGGAUGCUUGCCUUGAACAAGAUCCUGAAAGCAAAGUCGCCUGUGAGACUUGCACAAAAACUAACAUGGUCAUGGUCUUUGGUGAGAUCACAACCAAGGCCAAGGUAAACUACGAGAAGAUUGUCCGAGACACUUGCAGAGGCAUUGGGUUCACGUCGCCAGAUGUUGGCCUUGAUGCUGACAACUGCAAGGUCCUUGUCAACAUUGAACAACAAAGCCCCGACAUUGCCCAGGGGGUCCACGGUCAUUUAACCAAAAAGCCGGAGGAAAUUGGAGCAGGAGACCAAGGCCACAUGUUUGGCUACGCCACCGAUGAAACGGCCGAAUUGAUGCCUCUAACUCACGUUCUCGCAACCAAAAUUGGUGCAAAGCUGACUGAGGUGAGGAAGAACAAGACUUGCCCCUGGCUAAGGCCCGAUGGCAAGACCCAGGUGACCAUCGAGUACAAAAAUGACAAUGGGGCCAUGGUCCCCGUUAGGGUUCACACCGUCCUCAUCUCGACCCAGCACGAUGAGACUGUUACCAAUGAAGAGAUUGCAAGGGACUUGAAAGACCACGUGAUCAAACCGGUCGUCCCUGCCCAGUACAUGGAUGACAAGACCAUCUUCCACCUCAACCCAUCAGGCCGGUUCGUCAUCGGUGGACCCCAUGGUGACGCUGGACUCACUGGCCGGAAGAUUAUUAUUGACACCUAUGGCGGGUGGGGUGCUCAUGGUGGAGGAGCUUUUUCAGGGAAGGACCCAACUAAGGUGGACAGGAGCGGUGCGUAUAUCGUAAGGCAGGCUGCGAAAAGUGUGGUGGCUUCUGGACUAGCUCGCCGCUGCAUUGUGCAGGUUUCUUAUGCAAUUGGUGUGGCUGAACCGCUGUCUGUGUUUGUUGAUACUUAUAAAACAGGGAAGAUUCCGGACAAGGAUAUACUGGCUCUGAUCAAGGAAAAUUUCGAUUUUAGGCCUGGAAUGAUUGCCAUUAAUCUUGAUCUCAAGAGAGGAGGCAAUUUCAGGUACCAGAAGACUGCUGCUUAUGGACAUUUUGGCCGCGACGACCCCGAUUUCACUUGGGAGACUGUCAAGACCCUCAAGCCUAAAGCUUGAAUUCGAAUCUUACCAGGAAAUAAUCCUCUUUUCUGCUAAUAUAUUUCUUGUUGUGAUCAUUCUGUUUGGCAAAGAAUAAAGAUUUUAUUCCGUACACAUCAAAUAUUGGGAGGUGAUUAUUAGUUCAAGGCCCAUCUGCAGUGGGAUGGGUAUCAUAGAUUGUUGGGAGCAAAUAGUUUGUUGCUUCUCUUUUCUCCCCUUUUCUUUGUCCAACUUUUGGAAUGUAAUUUGUUUGUUGAUUUUCAUAUAAGGAAGAUGUGAACAAUGGUUCUCGUUUUUGAGCAUUUAAUCAAUUAAAUUUCUUUCAUUUUCCAUUGA